AUGUCUGCUCGUGUGCUCGGCGCCACGGCCUGCCUGCGCCGGGUGCUGCCCACGGCAACUGUGCGCGCGUCGCGAGUUAUACAGCCCGCCAUCUUUGUGUCAGGACGACGGUACGCCUCCGCAGGCCCGUCGGCAUCAGAAGCCGAACCGGAAACUUCCAAGCCGAACCGAAAACAGUCCACGAGGGCUGUUGCGAAGCAGCUCGAAUACAUCAACGAUCCCUGGGUUCUGGGCAAAUACAUCGAAGACUUGCUAGCCAAAGACAAGUUUAACGAUGCUCUGAAGACGGUCGAGCUUGCGAGCAAAAACCUUGACACAGUGGUGUCUUGGAAUCACCUCAUUGACUACCUGCUGAAGCAGCAGCAAAUAAAGAGGGCCAUGACCACAUUCAACAGUAUGAAGAAACGCGCGCAAUUCCCCAACGCCCAGACCUAUACCAUCAUGUUCCGCGGCCUCGCCAACUCUCAACACCCCAAAAAUGCCGUCGCCGAAGCCACGAAGCUCUUUAGCCAGCUCAAGAACGACCGCCGGCUGCAACCCAACACGAUCCACCUCAACGCUGUGCUGAGCGUCUGCGCGCGCGCCUACGAUAUUGACCAGCUCUUCCUCGUCGCGGGCGAGCUCGAGGACCUCAAGCUGGCCCCGACCGCCGCCACGUACGGCGUCAUCUUCAACGGCAUGCGCCAGUACAUGUGGCGCGAGUACAACGACCUUGACAAGGACACCAAGCAGGCCAACAUUGACAAGAUGAUUAGCCGCGCCCAAAGUAUCUGGGUCGAGGUCCUGGAAAAGUGGCAGCAAGGUAAGAUCAAGCUUGACGAGUCGCUCGUGUGCACAAUGGGCCGCCUGCAGCUCCUCUCCAAGGACCGCAAAGAGAAGCUCCGGGUCCUAGAUCUUCUCGAGCAGACCAUGAACAUACCAAACCUAGCCACCAAGGGGGUCAAGCCCUUCUCCGACACUGCCCAGGACCCAUCUGAGCGCAGCGUAGUGCCGAGCUCCCAGCGCAAAGGCGGCUUCGUCAAGCCUGGCCAGAACACGCUCGCUCUCAUCCUCACCACCCUCCUCACGGGCCGACAGACGGGCGCCGCCGCGCCGUACUGGAACCUGCUCGUGCACGACAAGAAGCUCGUGCCCGACAACGACAACUGGCUGCGCAUGAUUGGCGUGCUCAAGUCGUCCAAGUCGAGCGCCCAGGCCGCCCAGAUCCUCUCCACGCUGCCCGAGACGGGCAUCGAGGUCGAGGCGCGCUCCUUCGGCAUCGCCAUGGAGGCCUGCGUCCGCGACAACAUCAACCCGCACGUCAUGACGCACGCCACGCGCAUCCUGCACACCAUGCAGGCCCGCCUCAAUCCCAACCCCGACAUGCACACCAUGCGACUCUACCUGCGCGUCGCGCUCGUCAGCCACGCCGCCUUUCGCGGGCGCGCCAGCACCGGCGACGAAACCGGCGCCAAGGCCGCCUACGGCCGGCAGAUCGCGACCGCCCUCGCCGAGCUCUGGCACCCCUACAUCGACCUCUACAACAAGUACUUCAAGAGCGAGGCCGCCGCCACCGCUGGUGGGGCGGACUCGCGUGCCGCGGGCAUCCUCUACACCAACCAAAAGGAAGUCAUCGCCCUCGGCCGCAUGAUGGUCGGCGGCUUCUCCAAGGUCAUCGAGGAGCGGAUGCUGCCCGGCAACAACAACCGCGACAUGAUCAUCGCCUCGGCCAAGAUCAACAAGGGUGUCACCGCCUUCUUCGCCGACCGGGAGCUGCGCGAGCCCAAGCUCAACGAGAAGGCGACGGCGGCACGUAAGCGCGAGGAGGAGCAGGCAAAGCAGCAGCCGCAGGAAGAAGAUGACGGGGAGGUGGCCGAGGGAGGCGAGCAAAGGGACAAGAAGCAAAAGUCCGUGUUUGAGAUUGACAUGCCGGAGCUCAACGACACGGUUAGCAAUGACGCCAAGCACAAGAGCAAGGCACGACCAGGCGCUGAUUUCGUGUGGAACACAAGGAAAAUGGGCAGUGGGAAGAGGUGGGAUGGGAAGCAAACGCAAAGCAGGCAGAGCGAAAGGGGUUCCGACAGGCCAGUGAUCGACCGAUGGGUGUCUCCGUCCCUCGGCAAAGAUGAACUCGCAACGCAAAAACAUACGCAACAGGAUGGCUUCAUUCCUAUAAAGCCUGUAGUUGAAGAUGUGGAAGCCACUGCGGGAUGCAAGCCUGCGGACAUAACAAAUCCUGCCAAAACGAACAACCCCAACGAGAGCGAUGAAUCCCUCUGGGCUGCUCUGUUGGCACAGAAGAAAUAG